AUGGCCAAGAUCUUACACGAUGGACAUGCAGAAAUCGCUCCACAGCUGCAGGACGAUGAAGAAUGUUGGUACCUCCCACGUUUUGGCAUUUACCAUCCCAAGAAGCCUGAAAAGAUAAGAGGCGUGUUCGACUCUUCUGCUCGGUGCGAUGGCACCUCGCUCAAUAGCGUACUGCUGACGGGACCAGAUCUCGUGAACAGUUUACUCGGCGUACUUCUCAGGUUCCGCACUAAGCCAGUAGCCAUUACAGGUGACAUCGAGCAGAUGUUUUACUGUUUUAAAGUCCAUAAAUCGCAUAGGAACUUCCUUCGGUUCUUUUGGUACGAGGGCAACGACACAACCAAUCAACUCAUCGAGUACCGUAUGACAGCACACGUUUUGGAAAUGCGUCGUCACCUGCAAUUGCAACUAACGGUCUCAGGCAAGCAGUUGAAGGAGCAGACGCUGAUCAGUGCUGUCCUGGAGGCAGUUAGUCCGGAUGAUCUUGCUGGAGAUAUCGUGAGUUUGGACCUGAACGUUGACUCUCCACCCCGUCAGAGAAGUCUUGGACUUUUCUGGAACCUCACAGGAGAUUUCUUCACAUUCAAUUCGGACCUUGAUGAUAAGCCAUAUACCAGACGUGGGAUCCUUGGGACUGUAAACGGUCUUUAUGACCCUCUCGGCUUCGCAGCUCCGGUUAUCCUAGAAGGGAAAUUGCUAUUCAGAGAUCUCAUCUCAUCUCCAGUAGAUUGGGAUGACCCGCUUCCUGAAGUAAGACGAUGUGACUGGGAAUUGUGGAAUAAAUCUCUUAAGGAGCUGAACGACUGUCAGGUUCCGAGACCUUACUGUGAGACAGGCCUUCAUGAAGGAUCUAUGCGACAGGUUCACUUAUUCUGUGAUGCUUCCAAGGAUGCAAUUGCGGCAGUAGCGUACUUCAGGAUUGCCGAGGAGGAAGGGAGACCACAAGUCAGUUUCAUUCUAGGGAAGGCAAAGGUUGCUCCUAUGCACGGACAUACCAUUCCGCGACUCGAACUUUGUGCGGCAGUACUAGCGACUGAGCCCGGGCGGAUCAUCACCGAUCAAUUAGAUGUUGACCCUAGUGAUAUCUAUUACCAUUCGGACAGCAACGUCGUAUUGGGCUACAUACACAAUAGAGUGCGACGUUUCCACACAUACGUAACCAAUCGUGUCGAUAGAAUCCUGAAUGUCAGCGAACCUACGCAAUGGAAACACGUUCCAACCGACCUACAUCCAGCGGACUUCGGCACUAGGUGUAUUCCAGCACGUCAGCUAUCAGGAAGCCAAUGGUUGAAAGGUCCAUCGUUUCUCCUCGAUUGUGAGUUUCUUACCGAACAGGAAUUCCCCCUGGUCACUCCGCAGACUGACGCUGAAGUUCGGGCUGUGGUCACACUUAAGUCGUUGACUUGUGCAAACAACAUCUCCCUUUGUUCAGACAGAUUCGAGAGGUUUUCUAACUGGACGUGUCUUACUCGUGCCAUUGGUAACCUACUCUCGCGUGCUCAGCGCAUCAAAACCAGGGAGGGAAAUGUCGAUCCCAAGAAGGGGAGUGUUGAAAGCAAACUUAUUCAGAAUCACUCCAAACGAAGUCUUCCCCAAAGAGAUUCGGAACUUACAGGAUUCCAAACCUGUCCCUCGAGACAGCCAAAUCUCCGCUAUUUUGCCUUAUCUGGACUAUGA